ACACCAAAACCAGACCAGAAGCCAUCAGUGCCAAGUCCCUGCUGUGUCCAUUCUGCAGCAAGAUGACGAAAGUGUCUGCCCCAGAGAGACCCGUGGAGGACUGGGCUGAUGACGUCAAACCUAUCUUUCUCAUCCAGGGACUCUUGGACUCGUAUGAUCCGGAUUCUACAGAUACCACAAAUUGCGGCUAUUGUAGAGAGGAAGGGGAGACAACUCUAGCUGCUGUUUGGUGUUCUGUCUGUGGAGAUGCAAUAUGCGAGAGGUGUGCAAGGAUGCAUAAACGUAAUCCAGCUUCCCGCCAUCACGAGUUAUCUAACCUGUCAGCAGAUGUCAAGGUCACGAGGCAAAGAAAGGUCAUAUGUCAGGAACAUCAGAAAGAAUAUCUUGAAGCUUUCUGUAAAGAUUGCAAAAUUGCAAUGUGCCAUAAAUGUUGCACUUUCUACCACAGGAGAUGCGUGUCAGUUGUCUCGAUCGAGUCCGAGAUUCCGGAAAUGAAACUGGAACUGAGCAAGAUGAAAAGACAUUUACAACAGUUGCAAAAUGAGACAAACUCACAAUUACCAAAGCAAAAGGCGAACGUCAAUGAAGAAACAGCUCGGUAUUUCCAAAUAGAAGCAGACAUCAAGUCUGCCAGUAUUGAUUUAAUACAGCAAAUAAAACUCAGGGAACGGAGGCUUCUAGAUGAACUAAAAGAGAUGUCAGACAAGCACAUCGAACAACUGAAGGCAGGCGUAAAGUUAGCUGAGAUGUCAGUACAGAUGUACCAACAACAGACGGAGCUGAUAGACCAGGCUCUACAAUCGGAGUGUGACACGGAUGUGUAUGAGAUGUACCAGGGAUGUGAGGCCGGUGAUGUGGAGGCUGUCGUAGACGCUGACCUGAAGGAGAGAGGAAGGAUAGCUAGAGUGAUGUUUAGACAGGACAGGUCACAAGACAACAGUCUCCUGGGCGUCCUAGAUGUUAUGUACGAGGAUGUGCUUGGCGUGAACACCACUCACGAGCUACACGACUGCAUGAACGUGAGACUAUCAGACAGCGAGUGUGCAGCAGGGCCUACUGAUGUGGCGGUACUCGUGGUGAACAGCACAGAUACAGUAGUGGUCACAGACUAUGACAACAACAGUGUCAAGUCCUUCUAUACAAGGAAGAGCCUGCCAAGUCACGGGGUGCUGGAUCUUGGCAGUGGCCCCUGGGGUCUGACAGUUCUGACACACACGUGUGUAGCUGUAUCAGUGCCAGAUACGAAACAGAUUGUAACAGUCGAGGUAAACCCUGACCUGGACCUGCUGUCAACCAUCACGACCAGCAAACAAUACAUGGGAAUAACUGCUCUAACUCCAACAACACUAGCAGCUGGUUCCCGGUCUCCUCCCUGUGUUGAUAUCCUGGAUAUGACGGGAAACGUGUUGACGUCUGUCAGUCCACUGCACAAUGGUCAGGACAUCUUGAAAUACCCUACCUUCCUCUGCACCACCAGGACAGGUAACAUCCUGGUGUCUGACGGCGAGUCCAACUCGGUGAUGUGUCUGACCCCCGAGGGAGAUGUAGUGUUCAACUACCGCCCUACAGGAGACACGGCGAUGGGGUGGCCAUGUGGUAUCACAAGCACCGACACUGGGGACAUCCUGGUUACUGACAACUUGCAACGCCGAGUUCUACAUCUCACUGAGGCGGGUCAGUUUGUCCGGGACAUUCUAACGUUACAAGAUGGCGCCGAGGAUCCAUACGGAGUGUGCGUAGAUGAGAGUGGCCGGAUAUACGUGUGUCUUCGCAAUACAGGAUAUAUAAAGACAUUCAAAAACAUUAACUGAAUAUCAGCCUUAACAGUCAGGGAAAGGUAUUUGUGCCAUAGCAAUCUAUCCACAAAGUUUUACUGCUUAUUGAAACGUAGUGUCAUACACAGUGUCUCUACCAAGUCAACCACUGACCUAGAUGAGAUUCAAGGAUCUUCGUGUGUUCCUGGAGACAAUGGCCAUGGCGAUUAAUUGCCAUGUACGGUAUAAGUGGAUAUUGUACAAACGCUCCGUGUACAGUACCACUCCAGUUGUAUCUGCAACCAGCUUGGGUUCAUGUGGAACAUCAAAGUGCUGUUUGCUCGAACUAUUCACACAUACACGUUAAUGGUUCUCACUCAAAUAUUAAACUGAGCUCAAAAUCAGACGCCUGGUGAAGGUACAGGUUGGGAAGGAACAGGUGCAAGUAUAUUGACACUGUGAAAUACUCCCUCGUCCUGCACCACCUGUAUGUGUCAUACCAGCCUUGACUGCUCUUCACAGCCGCCAACAACUCCAACAAUGCUGAUGCACCUUAAAGCAACAGUUACUCACUCACUCUUCACGUAUGUCAUUCUCAAAUUAGACAUCACAAUUAAUCUUUGAUAACCAGGGAAUAGGAUAAGUUGCAAAUGCGGUCCGCUCGGUCCCUAUCUCGUCACCUCUUACGACACACAUGACGUUUUGGUAACCUGUCAGAGCAAAGUAAAGGUGCCCGACAACACUUCCCUCCUCCAUGUUCAAGUUUACCUUAUCAGAAAAGACAACAGGGAGAUAAAGGUGAAACAUGGAGGGAAAUUCGUGUUGUGUUAUUAUCUUGUGGAUUUCUAUAUAUGUGUGUACAACUGUACGCUGCUCAACUUCAUGGAGCAUAUCUGGGAUUGGUUGUCGUGUGCAACGAAGGGGUCCUCCUGUACAGAACCUUGCCCAACACAGGGGUAUGAGGCAGAGAGUGCUGGCUGUCAGUCACAUGGAGCUUACACUCG